GGUACCACAGGCACUAAUAGGAGGUUAGGUACCAGGUAUCUUAGGUUAGGUGUAAAUUUGUGGACUUUUAUUUAGAGGGCGGUGGUGGGCAGUGGGCUGCUAUUCUAAACUUCAAAAAACAACAUCUGAUUGAUGCGAAUUACUCAAUACCUAAAGAGCCCUUAUAUUUAUUUAUUACAUGUAGGUACCUUAGGCUAGGUAUCUAUCUACCUACUACCUACCUACCUAGACCUAACCUAACCUAAAUCUUCCAUCUUCACUUUUUUCUUUCGUUUCAUAAAUAUGAUAUUAACUACCUGACUUGUCAUCAUCCCGGACUGAGUCGAGUGUAAGAUUAAAUAAUGGGCAUUUUAACAAUAAUAAACUUCAAUCAUACACCGCCGACGAGGUUACUAUCAUGUCGAUAGACUUAAAUUGGGAGACGCUAACAGGCGGGCCGGACGGUGCCGCACUCGCGGAACAAAUCCGUGAUUUUAUUCAUACCAAGUUUCAAGCUGUGCCUCUGCCGCGUUUUAUCAAAUCCGUCAAAGUCCACGAUUUUGCUUUCGGCACCAUACCACCGAGUGUCGUGCUAAAGGACAUAUGCGACCCGCUACCGGACUUCUAUGAGGAAAAUCCAGACGUGUCGGAUGAUGAGGAUGAAGAAGGGGAAGAAGAAGAGGAACUUGUCCAGGAUGAGAGGGGAAGGCAUGGACAUGGGCAUGGACAUGGGCAUUCGGACGAGGUAUCCGAAGCGAUAAGAGCCGCCGAACAUAAGAGGAGAGCGGAUCAAAUUCGUAGAUUAGAAGGAAGGGGUGGGAAUGGACGUAGGGGUGGUGAGAGUGAAAUCGGUACGGCCGCUUAUCCUCCGGAAGGUCUUUAUCCGCCUCAUAUCCACGUUGCGGGAUUACGCAGCGCUCCCGGGACACCCGAUAUAGCCAACCCGUUCUUAGGACUCGGCGUCCCGACGCCCGGCGUGCCCGGCGGUACAGCCAAUAUGCAUUAUUUCCAGUCAAAGUUAGCGACCACCUGGUCCGGCACCCAGACGCCCUUAGCGGCCGUCGCCGGAGCGCAACAUUUGAAUGGCUGGUUGGAGAUGGGUGGCCCGCAUAACCCUUCACCAGAGAGGUACCCGCGGAGUCGUGAUCACAGCAGACAGCCUUCCCAAGGUUCCGCUUCUAUCCCAGACCAUCCUCCAGUUCCAUCCCCCACUUUACCCCCAACCUCACUUGCCCCUACGCCACAUCUGCUUCGAGAGAAACAUAGCGUGUCAACUCUCGCGCCAACUUCGGCCGGGCCCUCGCGACCUCCGACCAGAGAUAGAAUGACGAGCGGACAGCGCGGCUCCGGUCGUAGCCCUGACGGUAAAGGGGCGCGUGAAGGAUCAUCGGAAGAGGAGGAAGAGGCACCCAAGAAGUUCCGCGAGCCUAGGAUAGACGACCUACAAGCCGUGUUCCGCAUCAAGUACGCAGGCGACGUGAAACUGAUGAUAACAGCCGAGAUUCUGCUCGACUACCCAAUGCCGAGCUUCGUGGGUAUUCCGGUAAAGCUGAACAUCACAGGACUUACGUUUGAUGGGGUCGGCGUUGUCGCGUAUAUCAGGAAACGGGUGCACUUCUGUUUCUUGAGCCCUGAGGACGCGCUGGCUGCUGUAGGACAGGACGACGAUAACGAUGGUGGUAGGGACGAGCAAGGCACGGGAACUGGUGGUGGUGGCGCGCGGAAAGGGAGACUAGGGAGCUUACUACAAGAGGUCAGGGUCGAGAGUGAGAUUGGCCAGAGAGAAGGUACGAAGCAGAGCCUGAAGAACGUAGGCAAGGUUGAGAAAUUCGUCCUCGAGCAGGUCAGACGGAUCUUCGAGGAGGAAUUUGUGUACCCUAGUUUCUGGACGUUUUUGGUCUAGGGAUUUGGUAUGAGAGAGAGGGAGGGAGGGAGAGAGAGAGAGAGUAGCUCCCAACUUCAAGGCUACGGAUAGCUGCAGAUGUACCUAGAUCUACGACUGUCUUCUCCAUCACUGGGGAGAACUAUUACGAAUCACGUAAGUUAGACAAACACCUAAGGUAGACUGGCGGCUGUAAAAUCCAUCGCGAAUACGUUGAUAAAAACCUAAGUGAAAGGCAACGAGGACUCAUAUGGCAAGAUUAAUCGGCGGCAUACUCAUAAUAACAUCCGGCAUGAUCCUAGCUAACCCUCCAUUCCCUCCCUUUU